AUGGCCAAUUACUUGAAAUUCGACAUAUAUGACCAGGAGCUAAGUGGGCUCCGAAGCAACGUGAAACUCAGGAGGCUGCUUGUCACCACCGCGAAUCAGUCCAUAUUGGUGGUCGAGGACAUCGGUUGCACCAUGACGUUCCAAGAUAGGAGUUGUGGCGAUGAACAGAUCAUAGUCUUCCCAACGAACCACAAGGAGAGACUAGACCCGGCUGUAUUGCACCCAGGGCACAUGAAUGUGGAAGUUCCCAUACUAUACUGCAUUCCGUGCGGUUUCAGGCUUCUUUCUGCUAAUUAUCUCAAGAUUAAUCGCCAUGAGCUCUUCAACCAUAUUGAGAGUUUACUCGAGACAGCCAGAGUCACUCCGGCCGAAGUAACCGAGCAAUUGUUGAAGAGUGACGAACCAGAGGUCGCUCUCAGGGACAUGGUUAUCUUCCUCGUUAAUCACAAGAGGAAAGAAAAUGACGAAGUAGUCAAGAAGAAAGUUUGUCAGUGCCAAUUGGUUGAAGAAAAUGGAGCGAGUGUAGAGGAAAGCAGAAAAUGCAAAUUGAUUGAAGAAUAA